AUGGCUCGUGGCAGCGCAAAAGUGUUGAAGUGGCGUGAACAUUGGUGCUCCCCAUUCGUGCUUCGUAUCUUCCAUUAUGUCCGUCCAAUAUGCAAAAUGGCUAGAGCACUCUCUGGCGCCGUAGCCUAUCACAGAUCCUCUACGCCUGCGAAAUUGGCGUUCCAUGGCACUGGCUGCAAAGCCAAAGUCGUGCGCCUCGCCUCGCCGUCGAUGGGCAAGCAGGCCGCAGUGCUCGAAUACGACCUCUCGGGAGUCCUCGCGCGGGAGAGUCUGUUACGGGCGACAGGAUUGAUUGGCAAUGCAGUUGCAGCGCCCUACGCAACUUCGGUCGCCAUCAUCCAAAAUACCAUAAAGUCGCGGCCGUGGAAUACGAUCGAUAUGCACCACAAUGCGAAAGACCUGUCGCCCGACAACUUCAGCCACUCGAGUCAUCGCUCAAACACCCUCGAAGCUUCCUCCGCGUACAGACCACCUCGCCUCAGCUCCAACUCAUACGCCAGAAGACGAGUAUCUGCCGCAUACACGCGCUGGGAGAAGUUGGAGGUCAGAUGCAAAAGAAAUGCAGGCGAUGGGAAUGCGUGCGCGACGUCCAAAUCCGCGAGGCUGGAGGCUUCGGAAGGCGAGCAUAAGAGGCAUGUUCCAUACAGGCUCUACAUCGGUGUGGCUAGAAUAGCUAGGAUAGCGACAGUAACACUGGCGGCACUAUACAUCUGA